AUGGCCAAGUCUAGAGAAGAGGCGAACCACAAAAUUGACAAUUUUUUGGAGAAGAGGCGGGCGGAGAGAGAAGCCAGGAAAGAAGCGGAGCAGGCGGAGCAGCGCGAGAAGGUCGCGAAUCGCAUGAAGGCCAAAAAAGAGGAGGCCGAGCACAACAAGGUCUACAUCCCGCAACGGUUGGAGGAGAUUGAGAGAGAGCAGGCCGUGCUGAAAGACAGAAUGUCCGCUUUCAACACCAAGAUCAAAGACAAGGACAUCGAGGACCUGUAG